UCGUUUUCGCUUUUCGCCGUUCAGUUCAGUACAGAGCGAGUAGCGAUAGUGAUCGGUGCGCGUGUAUUCUUUUCACAUAAAACAAAAAAAACCUCUUAUAGUAACUAUAUUUCAUACAAAAAAAAAGGAGAAGAAAGUACUAAAGAAAGAUAAAUGUAUAGUAGGAUUCUAAAGCAAGUGUAUAAAAUUCUAAAUGAACUCAGAACUGCUGCAAGUGCAAGUUGAUUGAGAGGCAAAGGGAAGGCGUGCGAUAGUGAGGAAGCGGUUUGAAAUCAUAUUUUGGCGAUUUUUGCUGAAUUUGCACAGCUCGAGAGGGAGAAUUUGUGGCAAAUGCCGGUGCGAAGUGUUCGCUGAAAUUGAGAGACUUCCUCAGCACAGCAUCUCAGCUCUCCAGCAAGUUUUCUCAACUCUUGGAGUGUUUUUUGAGUUUGUGCGAGACGAACAGGACCGAGAACUUGAAUGGGGACAAUUUUGUAUAAUGAAUUUUCAUAAAAAGAUAGUGAAUUUGUUGAAAAAGGCGAAAUAAUCAAUAUUUCCUUUUAUAAAAUACAUAUAAUAUAUAAUAUAUAUAUAUAUAUAUGGAUGGGCGAAUCGAGCUGAUGAGGAUAGGAAUAAACACAAAACAAAAAGGAACUAAAUAAUGACUGUGACAUUCAAAUAGGAAGCAAAUUCUACCAAUUUAUUGAAAUGUUCUCAGGAAGUGUUUUUGAGUGAUUUUUGAACAGUAAAGUAGUAAAAAGAAAAAGUUGUAUUGAAAUGAACAUAGACGAUAUAUAGACUCGAAAUAUCCUCAGACUUUCUUAACCGUUUUGAUAUAAGACACUUAAGCAUUAAGUACCAAGUAAUUUAGGAGUCACACGACUAGAGUUGGUGUACUUUGUAACUAUAGAUUUUGUACUUUUAUACGGUUUUGUACUUUUAUAUGUAAUGCAAAAGCCCGUCAAGUCGCUGUAAGGAGACACUCACUGCCCACUGCACUUUGCGUCUCCUGAGCUGAAUCCGGGGGAUCAGAGUGAGCGGAAGGCCGCGUGAGAUUCGGGUUUUUCGGUGAGUGUGUGUUAAGGACCCGCUACGAAAAUAGCUACCCUAGCAGCUGCGUUCCACCCGCUGCAGCAUCAGCACUAUCCGCUGCUUGCGAUGGCCCCGCGGAGGAACAACGGAGGCCACCACUCGUCGGUGGUGGAGAUGCACAACCUGCUGGGCAUGGACCCGGACAGCCUGGACGCCGUGCCCACGGGCAGCCCCGGGGCACCCGGCGACCCCACGCAGCCGCUGCGCUGCUGCGUGCCCACGGGCGACUGCCUGAAGGCGGGCGCCCUGGAUCUGGGGCUCAUCGGACCGGACGAUGUUCGCGAGUGUGUCCGCGUUGUGUGCAACAACGAGCACUGCACGGCCGGCCAGUUCAUGCAUCGCGAGUGCUUCGAUUCUUGGGAGCAGGGCGUGCUGUCGUACUUGAAGUCCAUCGGCCGGGCGCGCUCGUGGUCGGAGCGCCAGCGCCAGCAGAACUUGUGGACGAAGAAGGGCUACGAUCUGGUGUUCAAGGCGUGCUCCUGCAAGUGUGGCCGCGGCCACCUGAAGAAGGACCUCGACUGGGUGCCACCGGCAGCGCCGGGCACCUUUGGGCGUGCCGACGAUGAGGCCAGCAAGAAGAAGAAGAAGCGCAACCGCAACCAGAAGCCCAUUUUGCUCAUCUCCACUGGCACAGCGAACGCCUAUCAUCCCAACACGCAGAUCAACGGGAACGGCAUCCUGGGCUCGCAGGAGAUCCGCGCCCGCACCGGCUCCUUGUCGUCCAGCAACGGCUCCACCUCGCCGCCAGCCUCGGCCUCCAGCGAGCUGAGCAUCUCGCCGAUCCACAACGGCACUGGCGGAGGGCGGAAGCAGAAAUCCAAGAUUGAGCUGCACUCCGACAGGGUUCGUGCUGGCUCCGGAUGCAAUGGCAUCUUCUCGCGCCGCUUGGACUUCUCCAGCUUCAACUUGUUGCCGAAGACGCGCCUCAACUCCUAUCAAAUUAAGAUGGAGGACGAGGGGAACCAUGGCAAUGAUGAGACGAGAUUAUUCAUUUUGUCGUCACUGGCAUCGCAGCAGAAGAGCCGCGUGGCGUGCAUCCUGUGCGAGGAGCCCAUGUACGUCUUCGAUCGCUACCCUCUCGUCGACGGCACGUUCUUCCUCAGCCCGAAGCAGCACGCAAAGGGAUGCAUUGAGGUGAAAUAUGAAGGACGCACACAAUAUUUGACGUCAGUUUGCAUGGGAUGCCUCGAGGGCGUAUCACCGGAUCGAAUAAUCCGCUGCAGAUUCUGCGGACAGAAGUGGGAUGGAUCGUCCCUUGUCUUGGGCACAAUGUAUUCCUACGACAUAUUCGCUGCAAUGCCAUGCUGCACAGAGCGGUUGAAGUGUAACAAUUGCUUCAAGUUGCUGCUGCACCCGAAUCAGCGGCUGAACUUCUUCAGCGACUACAGCCACUUGGUCUCGUGCCCGUACUGCACCAGCCACGACACGCACUUCGUGAAGCCGCUGGCCUACUGCUACACCAAGCAGCCCCUGCAGGUCUUCCAGCAGUGGCCAUAACAUGAAGCCUCGCUGGAGUCUCCAACGCCGCCGCCGCCCCACAAGUCCGUGGCGUUGCCGCAAGUCAGAGGUACGACAAGCCAAGCAUUUAACUCAAGCAAUGACUCAAUCGUGAGCUCUAUCAUGCAAGAGCUCAAGUCCAUUAAGCUCGGCCACGCGUACAUGGAGCCCGGCAUCGUGCCGCUCUCCAUGCUCAGUACCGGAGAUUCCAGCAGUAUUGCCAAGCAGCAGCCCAGCACGUGGGGCAAGCAUGCUUUGUGGGGCAUUCCGCCGACUAGUCCCUGCUCGACCGCCUCCGUGAGGACCUUCCACCCGAGCAGCAGCCAUAGCACCAGCAGCAAGGAGUCCGUCUGGGCCUCCACGCAGUCCUCGCCCAGCAGCCAGCCGCCGAACACGAACCUGUGGGAGAGUCCCAUGUCCAAGGCCACGCUCAUGUCCUCGGGCUCGUCCUCCAGCAAGGACUCCUCCGUGAGCUCCAUCUGGUUCACGCCGCCCCAGGUGCACAGUCCCACCGCCAUGGCCACGUC